AUGCGGCUGGCCGCACUGCUCCUCCCACUGGCGGCACUGGCCGCCCUCGGCGCGCCCGUGUCCAAGCGCAAGCGUGAGACGCCCGUCAGCCCGACGCUCCCGCCAGGUUUCUCGUCCGGUGGUGGCGCCGGCGGCGGCUCGGGCUCGGUAGCGAGCGUGAGCGUGACGACGACCACGACAACGACAACAACGACGCCGCCACCAGAGAGCUCGACCACGACGCCACCACCACCACCACCCCCUCCGCCCCAAAGUUCCACUGUCACUACGCCCCCUGUGCCGAGCACGACCCCGCCUCCUCCGCCGCCGCCGUCCUCCGACCCCCCUCCGGUCCCUCCUCCCUCCUCUCCUCCCCCUUCUCCCCCAUUCUCAGCACCGACGACCACCCCGCUGAGCACGCCGUCAGAACCGUCGCCGAGCAGAAAACCGACGACGACGGCGGCGUCGGGAUACGCCUCGACGGUCACAGUCUUCAGCACCACCAAUGACUUGCCCGCUGUCACGGGCGGCAGCACUGGCGGCUCUUCGUCGUCCUCGGUCGUUGGCAUGGUCGUUGGUAUCGUGCUCGGCGCAGUAGCCCUCAUCAUCGCCCUCGGCGUGCUCCUCUGCUUUAUGGGGCGCAAGAAGCAUCGGGACAGCUACGUAGCUGUGCCUCCCUCCGAAGUCCCCCUCAAACCGACGAAAUACAACGGGUCACACCAUGCCUCGAACCGAUCUUCGGCGGCGACGACACUCAAUACUCUCAUUGAGAACACGCCGCUGUGGGACGCCCCGCCCGAGGACACGGGGCUGGCGAUCGACCGUGAUCCAAGCCCACCACGAUCGCGCCGGCAGUCAUUUGACCAGCUCGCGCCGCCCCCGCCGGGCAUGCAGAGGCCACCCCAAGCUCAACCGGCACCCCCGCCCCCGCCGCCACCACCGAUGGAGCAGAUGUACCCCGUCCUGCCACCGCUCGACCCGCCACAACCUCCCCGCGCGGCACCAGCGCUAGCACCACCAGCACCGCCCGCCCCGCCGUCGUCGGCGUCGUCAUCCGCCACGAUCUUCAAAAGACCCUUCGCGUCGAUUUUACGCAUCGCGAACCCCUCCCCACCGGAGGACGACGAAAAGUCUCUGUCGCCCGCGUCGCCUGGCCCUGCGUCGACCCUCGCAGGGCCAAGUACGGCCCGCACCGGCGCGAAGCCAGAAGUUAGAAGCCCACCAGCGCAGAUCAUCACCACGGCCAGUGUGGCAGGCACCAGCGGGCCCAAGUCUCCCGUGUCGCCCGCAUCCUCCACCUCCCCCGCCACAUCCGUGUUCACGGAAGUGCCCAAGGAGGUGCAGAGGAGUGGCCCAGUAGCGGAAAGCUCCAAGGCCGCCGCAACGGCGGCCGUUGUGACCGCCACAGCCUCAACGGUGGCAACCAAGGCUGGCGGUGGCGCCACAAGCGGCGACGUGGCCGAUGCAAGGAAGACAGAAGUAAAGCCCAAAGCCAGCUUCUCCGUCCUCGGAAUCCGGCAGCGUUGGUCAUUCAAGCCAGCUGCUCGUGCCCCGUCGCCGCCGCCCCCUCCCGAACCCGAGCAUGAGCUACACCGUGUCCCGACUGCCGUGUCGGAGGACAGCGCGUACUCGACUUUCAGCGAGGAGGAGAUCCAGCCGCCCCGGCCGAGCACGCCGCAGGUCGAGGCCGCCACUGCCGCACUGCAGGACCGGCCCAAGUCAAUCCUGAUGAACCCCACUCCGGUGACAACACCCGCUCCGCCAGUGGUGAGCUACAACAACUAUGCCCAUGCGGUCAACCCCGCCCGGCCUAGGGAGAAGGUGCCGGACAUUGAUGCCACGUACCCCCGCGAACCAGUCGUUCGUGACUCGGUCGCGUCGAUGCUCCAGGUCGACCUCGACACGCCACCGUCAACAGUCGUGCCCACCAAACCACCGGCCGAGGUGCGCAAGGCCGAAUCAUCGCAAGCGUCCUCGUCGCGGACCACCAAGCCGCCUUCGCCAGCAGUGGUUGUGGGCAAGCCAACGUCGUCGUCGCCAGUGGGCCCCAGCAAGUUGACCACGGGGCCAUCGGUGGGCAAGGUGCCAGCCACACCGAUAUCAAAGGCACUCUCGCCCACCUCGACGCCGUCAGUGACGCCCAAGUCGACGCCGACUGCGACGCCGCGGUCCACGCCGAAGCCCACACCGACUCCCACGCCAACGACCACGCCGGCGCCGUCCCGCCCCUCGUCACUUCUCAUCCCACUCGCACCGGCCCUCGUACCUGCCACACCACCCGCAGAGUCGUCAGCAACAGACUCGCUGCAGAUCCGCCGCGUCGGGGGUAACGUCCGCCUCAACUUCUUCGACGACGGCGACCCGACCCCCGCUGUCGCAGCUAGAACCACCAAGCCGGUUGCAGCGGUGACGAGACGCCCAACAAGAGCACUAGGAGCUCCGGUGACACGUGUCGCCGCCACCGAGCACACACGGUCCCAGUCGACUCCGCCCACCAAGCCGACACUGUCGAUUACCACGGCGGUCAAGGCACCUGUACGCCCACCGACCAACCCCGCCCGAACACGGACUUCCACGCCGCCGAGCAGCACGGCACGUCUGACCCCCAGCCCGCGGGGAAGCCCAAGUACCCACGCCAAGGCACUGCCUGCCCGCUCGUUCCCUAUGCGCCGGGCACACUCGCCGCCCAGUACUCCGGGGUCGAGCGGCAGCGCUCCCAAAGUCGCCGUUGGGGGGUACGACGACUCACUGUGGGAGGACUCGUCGCUAGAGAACGUCGCCGACUCGACAUCCACCACGCCGCGUGGUGGCAGCACACCCCGUGAGACGCCCAAGGCGCGCCCUCGACCGCUGUCGACGGGCGAUAUCGACGCCCACAGCCGCCACUCGACCGUGAGCGGCGUCAGCGUGGGCACGGUGCGCCCGCGCGCCGAUAGCAGAAAGCUGUGGGUCGCAAACCCUUAG